AUGUCGAACGUGUACAACUUGGAACCUCCAACCAAAGGGAAGGUCAUCCUGAAGACUACCCUUGGCGACAUCGACAUCGAGUUAUGGGCCAAAGAAGCCCCAAAGGCGGUGCGCAACUUUGUGCAGCUGUGCAUGGAGGGCUACUACGAUGGCACAAUGUUCCACAGGAUCCUGAAGGACUUCAUGGCCCAAGGAGGGGACGCCUCAGGCAGCGGCGCAGGCGAGGAGUCCAUCUACGGCCACCCCUUCCCUGACGAGUUCCACUCCCGGCUGAAGUUUAGCCACAGGGGGUUGGUGGCGUGCGCGAAUGCAGGAACGCCCCACACCAACGGCAGCCAGUUCUUCAUCACCCUGGACCGCUGCGACCACCUGGACCGCAAGCACACCAUCUUUGGGAAGGUCACCGGGGAGUCAAUCUACAACUGCAUGCACCUCAAUGACCUGGAGACGGGUGAGGAUGACAGGCCGACGCACCCCCCGGUCAUUAAAGAGGUGGAGGUCCUGUGGAACCCCUUUGAUGACAUCAUCCCCCGCAGCACCAGGGAAGAGCGCGAAGCAGAGGCUGCUGCCAGAAAGGAGAAGAAGUCGCGCAAGAAGAACACAGCGCUGCUGUCCUUUGGUGAGGAGGCAGAGACAGAGGACGCG